AUGCGAUUUCUGAGAGACUCGACAACGAGAUUGGCACAGGCCGCUUCCGGCUUUUGCACCAGCAACAUCUUCACCGUCGACGCAAUCUUGCGUCUUGAGGAGUCCGAUAUCGUCUACGGCCGCGGUUUCCGCGACCUGCGUGAUGAAGACAAGAAGUAA